GGAUGAAACCAUUCUUACAACUCAAUGUUAAUGAAAACAUCCCCAGCGACAAAAUUGAUUCCUAUAUCUCUUACAUGGUAUAAAAUCUCAUUACAAUAUAGUCUCAAGUCUACAACGUGCAAUAAUAUAUGCUGAUUCAGGCUUAAAAUUAGAUCAUGCAGGCUCAACUAUUGAAAUUGUAAAGUGGCACUAUUAAUCAGAAUGUCCUUUUAUAACAAAAAGCAGUUUAAUUGUCAGAAAAGAUUAUAGAAAAAGGAGUAUAGAUUUCCACAAAGGACUUUAUUCCAUCUUCUAAUAUGCCAAUUUUAGCCAAAUAUAUAGCUAAUAUAUAUAUUUAUCUAAUGAAAUAAUGCUCAUCGGAUAAUGAUGAAGUCACAUUGAAUUACAUAAAGGACCCCAAUUCGAUUGUUAUUGAUUAGAAGCUAUGGGAUUUAAUAUGUGAGAUAAUCAGUAAAAAGUUAGUUUGUCUCAAAGCCAAUGAUAUAAUUUGCACUAAUAGUAUUGAUUCUAAUUUUAUAUAUAGAUUCUUAAAUUGGAAUUGUUAGCUAAUCUUUGUUAUUUAGCAGUAUCAUAAGGAAGGUCAUCUUCAAGAAAUUGCAUGGAAGUGCUCAAUAGAUCAGCUUUUAAACUUUAAAUGAUUUAUUGGGAUAGGAGAAUAGAUCAGAUGAAUUCUUAUACAAAUUCUUAUGUGAAGAGGACAAGAAUACCAUGACUAGAUAGUCUUGUUAGAUAGCCUUAGAAAAGAUGUUCGAAAAAAGCAAUUAGUAUUUUCAUCAAUCAAAUCUAAUUGAGUAAAUUAUUGAGAACUAAGGAUANGCAAUUUUCAAUUUAAAUAUUUAUUAAAAGCAACAAAUCUCAAACAUUUUUGAGAAGAUGUCUAGUUAUGGGCAUAUUGAUUUAGAAAUUUUUAGAUUGCAUGAGUAUUUUCUAAAAUAAUUUAAUAGAAUAUUAUUUUCGCUCUAUUAUAAUUAUUUAUGA